AUUCUCACUUAUUAACAUUCCCUAAAAAUCUCUCUCAACUUCUGACAGUCUCUCGAUGACUCAUAAAAACCUCAAAGUCCCCUUCUUCCCCCGUCCUUGAAUCGUGUAAUGCGAGAAUGUGUGAGCGCCUUAGUGGCCUACACGUUCUCUCUCAGACGUCUCUCUCUCUUUCUUUACCAUUUCUCUCCCACUUAUAUUUCGGAUCACCACAGGACCUUUUCUCACUCAGUUUGACAAAUCAUUCUCAAAUCCACCUCAUCCCUCUCUCCCUUUUGAGAAAUUCAACAUUCAACAACAACCCACCACAGAAAGCUAGGAGACAAAAAAUUCCAGUUUUUCCCUUUUGCCUUUUUCUCUCUGCUCUUUUUUGCUUUCAAGGUCUUGUUUGUUUCUGCCUCUUAUUUUCUUGUGUUAUCUGAAACACGGACGAUUAUUGCCUUUCUUGGGUUUGUUUCAUUCCACAAAUUCUUUCACUUUCUAUCAUUUUGUGUCAAUUCUUUCACUGGGUUUCUUUUAUUUUCUCUCCAAAUUCAUAAAGGAAGACGCUUUCAUUCUGUUUUGGCUAUAAUGGGUUUGUCCAGUUCUUGUGCAAUUGGUCGUAGCUAGUUGGGUUUCUUUGUGACUGUGGAUGAGUUGAUGUUCUUUUGGCUGCUGGAGCUAUCUCAAGUUCCAAGGACAUGGGGGGAGGAAAGAAGAGUGAUCAAGAAACAGAGAAAGAAAAUCAAGAUGAUACUGAUAACGAGGCAGUAGAGGGAAUUGGCAGACAGAUGAGUGAGGCUUCUGUCUCUGCAGCUGAGGAGGAGGAAGAUGAAGAAGGAAGCAACAAGAUUCAGUUGGGUCCUCAAUGCACUCUUAAAGAACAGAUUGAGAAGGAUAAGGAUGAUGAGAGUUUGAGGAGGUGGAAGGAACAGCUUCUUGGGGCUGUGGAUUUUGAGAGUGUUGGAGAAACUCUUGAACCUGAAGUGAAGUUCAUUCAACUGUCAAUCCUCUCUCCUGAUAGACCUGACAUUGUUCUUGAUAUUCCGGAAGAUGGGAAACCCAAGGGCUUAUGGUUUACGCUGAAAGAAGGCAGUCCACACAACCUGAAAUUCUCCUUCCAAGUUACCAAUAACAUUGUAUCCGGCCUCAAGUACACCAACACUGUGUGGAAAACUGGUGUCAAGGUUGACAGCACAAAAGAGAUGAUUGGAACUUUCAGUCCUCAGCCAGAGCCUUACACACAUUUGAUGCCAGAAGAGACCACGCCUUCUGGCAUAUUUGCCAGAGGAUCAUAUUCUGCAAGAUCAAAGUUUCUGGACGAUGAUAACAAGUGCUACUUGGAAAUCAAUUACACCUUCGACAUUCGAAAGGAAUGGGCUAAAUAAACAGAGAAUUUCCCAAUGAGCGCCAGCAUAUCUUUUUCAUUCGGCUUAUGUUCUUGCACCACGAUUAGCUUAAGAUUUUUCCAGUUAAUGAGUAUCCAAACAUUACUUACUUCCCUGGUUAUGCCAAGUUUGUUAGUUAAUUUUCAUAACAUUGGAUUGCAAAGAAAGAGAGUCUGUUGAGGGGAUUUUUUGUUUACUGCCUGUAAUAAAAGGUGAGCUUAGAUUUUGUUCUUGAUUCACUGCAUUUGUCUGAAGGAGUCCUCAUUUCUU